AGGCUUCACUUGCUUCACUGCCACCGUGUAACAACCAUAGCCAUCGUGCUCGCCGAGCACCUCAGGGCAGUCACAAGCGCGGCAAUCGGCACGGAUACCCUGUGAUCCCAGAUGGAUUUAUAGGUUCUCUCCAAGAAGACUCUUUUACCGAUUUGUGGAUUUUUGUAUACCCUCGAUCAUCGACGGACGACGCUUCUACGAACGGAACGCCAUGCGCAUCCAUCAACAUGCAGCCACCACUCCCGGAAGCAUUUGAGGAUGAUGCCUUGCGCAUCCCCGUCGUCUCGUUCCUGGGUCCCAUUUCUUCAUACACUCAUCAGGUAGUCUACACUCUUAGUCAUUUUAUGCGUCCCCCUUGGUCCUGUGGACUGACCGAUUUCGAUCUUGCGCAGGCGGCGCUCUCGAGCUUCGAAGCCGAUCGGUAUAACUACGAGCCCGCGGAUAGUAUCACAGGUAAUACAUGUCUUGAUAUAUUUUGUAUUUUCAUAUUUUUUCAUCUGCGGGAUUGUCGGGUCUGACACGGGGUUACGGCAGAUGUGUUCACGGCUGUGCAAUCUGGCGAGGCGGAAUUAGGAGUUGUACCUUUUGAGAAUUCCACGAAUGGGGCGGUUAUCUUUACUUUCGAAUUACUCGCAGAUCGUCAUGGACGGUUUCCCGAUAUCACGGUGACGGCAGAGGCCUAUCUCGAUGUCAGCCAUUAUCUACUUGGUCGCAAGAGUGCUCGCGGUGUCGCUAGUUCGCAACCCGAUUCUGCGCCUGGCACACCAACUCCUGCGAAUGCGAAGCCCAUUCCACCGCGGACGAUGCCUUUAUAUGAUCUCAAGCAUAUCAAGAGACUCUAUACACAUCCCCAGGCUUGGGGACAAUGCGAUAUUUUCCUAGGUGCCUACCUGAAGGGAAUUGAACGUAUCGAUGUUAGCUCCACGAGUCGCGCGGCCGAAAUGGUGAGUGAGGAUACGACGGGUACCAGCGCAGCAAUCGCCAGCAGCUUAGCAGCGGAGAUGCAUGGCCUCGAUGUCCUAGCGAGAGGAAUUGAGGAUAGAGCAGAUAAUACCACGCGCUUUCUGAUUAUUCGAAAGGGGGUGGAUGAGGAGGCGAAGAAGUCGAAGAAUAAGACCAAAUCCCUGAUCUCUUUUACCAUUGAUCAUCGAUCUCCGGGCUCGUUGGCCAAGGUCCUGGACAGCUUUAGGUAUUAUGAUUUGAAUUUGACGAGUAUUAAUAGCCGGCCGACCAAGGUGGUUCCGUUUCAGUAUAUCUUCUUUGUCGAGUUUGAGGGAAGUAGGUUGAAUGAUCCGCUGGGAAAGGUCAAUGGGGCUCUGGAGGGAGUUGCGAGACAUGCGGAGGAUUGGAGAUGGCUGGGUAGCUGGGAUGAUAAACUUGUUGGGCAUAGAGAAAAUUGA